CGGCCUUCUGAAAGCUUACUGUCACGCGAUGAGCAACGAACGACAUCUACAGCAGGAAUGCGGGAAAUAUCGCUGCUUUGGUUGACAUACUGAGACCUGUUCUAACGUUUCAGAUAGGCUCAAGUUACUGUAAAAAUACGUUUUGGCUAGACAGAGGCCUGCAGCACAGCCACGAAAAAGUAUCUGAGAGAUUUCGCACUUCUAGAGGUUACAGAAACUUGACCGGGAGACUUUGUUGAAUAUGAGCCAUCAAGGAGAGCAGAACCUCUUCUUCCUGAACCUGCCAGACGCACGGAAGCUGUGCUGUGUCACCCUGUCCCUGCUCUUUGGCCAUGAUGACGGGGAACUGAGGAACACACAGGUGAAGUCAUGCAGAGAGUUACUGUCCCUGUAUCCAGAUAUACUAGCUUCUCCUGCUUUGGAGUCAUUUGAGGAGAUCACUGUUAUAAUGGCUAUAACCUUUUUCAAGACUGGGAUCAUCCAGGCGUAUACACAGAGACAUGGUCUGCAGAUGGGAGCUCCACAGAGGGUCCUCCCCAGCACUCUGCAGGUCUGCCUCUCGUACACCCUGACUGUCAAACUGGCUCCCAACUGGAACAAGGUCGGGCAGUUCCUAGUGGCAGGAAUGGACUUUCUGUCUUACUCUGGAAAACUUAAUGCUGUUGCAACGCAGCUGAGCGUCAGCGAGAGCCAGCUGUGCCUCAGCGUGGAGGCCGACGCGGUCCGACUCCCGCCCGCCACGCUGGAGGACUUUGACAUUGCUGACAAUGUGAUAAGGAGGUUCCACAGCAGCAGGGACGCAGUGAUUCAUUCCUUCUCUUUGCCAAGUAACUGGUGCUACAUUCUUCCCAGUAUGAAGAGGGGUCAGAUCAUUAGCAUCAGUCACCAGAUACCUGCCGAGUGCCCCUUCCAGUCCUACGCUGACAUACGGAAACAUUGGAGCAGUCUGUAUGGGUACCAACUUCCCCUAGUGGAUGAGCAGGAUGUGGUCUACUGCAGUGUGUACUUCAAGCUGGUGGGAGAGAGACUCUUCACAUACCCCCUGUGCUGCAUCAGGGCUGAGCCCAUUCAGCGCUUUCCCAGGUUUGACCUGCAGGGGGCACUAAGCUCCUUCAUGUUAGACCUGAGAGGUAAACUCCAGAGUGUAUGUGGCUUCCCCAUCCGCAUGACCAGCAAGCCCUGCUAUUACACCACCAGCCUCAGCACUCCUGGCUCACAGGGUCCCUGCAGCAGGCCGGUGAAUCUGACCACCAGGUCCGCCUGCCGGCCCGUGCUAACUCAGCUGCCCCCCAGCAUACCCCGAAAUGCCCCAUUUGCGAGCCAGCCAGAUGGGCGGAGCGUCGGCACCCAGUACGGCGGGGGAGGGGCUGCCUCUCAGGCACCUCUCGCUAAUGCUGCUCCCGCAAGCAGGCCUGUCCCCGCCCCCGGCUCCGCCCACAAAAUCGUGCCCAUCUUUAGAAACAAGGCGCUCGACCGACACGUCAACGUCACCAAGAUACUGGCGGAGAGGAGACAACAGAGGCGGGAGCAGGGUGGUCAGCCCCCGGCAGGGUCCGACGGGCCCGCCCCUGGCCCCGCCCCUUCAUCUAAGCGGAAACAGGAGGCCCGUCUGGGGGCGGGGCAGAGCCAGCCUGGCCCCGCCUCUCACCCCAGAGUGGAGAAUCCAUCGUGCCAGCAGGGGCACUACAGUCAGGGUAUAGGGAGAGACCUUGAGCCCAGAGAGUCUGUCCCACAAUCUCCUGCCAUCAGGACAGAGAUCCCUGCACUGAUCCCCAGUAGUGUGGGAGACUGGUUCCAGUCUAAACCGAAGAAAGCCAAGGUCAGCGUCGCGGAAGUGGACGUAGAGCAUUAUGCAAGGAGCCAUCAGUUGUCGAAGAUCAAUGCGGCGACACUGCAGGCCUGGCUAAGGGGGCGAGGAGUGCCCGUCCGCUCAAAGGACAAGAAGGAGGAGCUGGUCGCCAAGGUGAUGCACUGCCUCAGCGAACCGUAGGAGCCGCAGCCCUCGCGUUUGGACUCGUUGGUCCGCUUGCUGCCCAUCACGAGCCGCGAGCUACUGUGAGCUGUACUUUACCUUCAGACCAAAGUAACUGUUAGCGGGUCUUUCUGCAUUGAUCAUAUGGAUGACAUUCAUUUUACAUGGCCAUUGUGUUAAAUUUAAUUAGCACAAUUUGGGCUAGUUUCACAGACACAGAUUACGGCUAGUCCUAGAUUAUUUUGAUUGGAGAUUUUCCGUGCAAAACUAAAUUUAGUCCAGGGCAAAGCCUAAACAGUGUCUGUGAUGCUGGCCGUUUUUGUUCAGUGUGUUGUAUCUAUGAACACAAAGGUAUGCUGUCCAGUCUCGAUGUUCUUAUGGUUUCAUAUUUCCUCAUUUGACAAUAUGUGUUGAAACUGUUUUUUUAUGUCAUUAAAGUUUGAAGAAGGAAA